AUGCCUCUCCGUGGAAAGAGGUUGACGGCCGGCGUGACCGCUGCUUGCGGUCUGGGUUUUCUUCUCUUUGGAUACGACCAAGGUGUCAUGGGAGGAGUCAUCGGCUCUAGUACAUUUGUGAAGCAGUUCAAUCAUCCUGAUGCCCUCACCCAAGGCCUGAUCACCGGAUUGUACGACCUGGGCUGCUUGAUUGGGUCUAUAGCAGCGUUCUUCUUUUCCGAGCCUAUUGGGCGGAAGAAAUCCAUCUGGCAAUCUGAGGUUAGUUCGGCUCAACAUCGAGGACAGCUUGUCACCAUAGAAGCUGCUUUGAUCAUUUGUGGACUCGCCAUGUCAAACUGGGUUUGUUUUGGGGCAUCAUAUAUCGCCUCAUCCUUUCAGUGGAGAGGCCCCAUUGCUGUACAGUGCAUAUUCGCACUAUACCUACUCAUUACGGUUCCGUUCUUAGUGGAAAGCCCGCGCUGGCUUGCCAAUCACAAGAGUAUCGCCGAGGCGACGAAAGUCAUCGCUCAGCUCAAGGACCUACCGGAGGACGACCCAGAGGUCACAUCAAUUACCCGAGAGAUUGAAGUGGCUUUGGAAGAAGAAAGCUCUGCCGAUGCGUGGCAUAAGAUCUUCACGAAUGGCGGCGAGCAGAAUUUCCGACGGAUGAUGCUUGGUGUCGGUGGGCUAUAUAUGCAGCAGAUGUGUGGUAUCAACUCCAUUGGCUACUACCUCCCUGUCAUACUCGAGCAGUACAUCGGCCUUAGCAACUCCCUUUCCCUUAUUCUCUCUGCAGUCGCCGCCACUCAAUUCUUCGUCAUCUCCUUUGCUCCUGUCUGGUUUAUCGAGAAAGCAGGGCGUCGCAACUGCAUGAUCUGGGGAGCUGUCGCACAAGCCAUUAUUAUGGCUCUUUUGUGUGUUGGAUUUGCACUGGACACAAAGCCAGCGCUUGCCAUGAUGGUAGCAAUGUUUUUCCUAUUCGACGAUGCCUUUGCACUUAGCUUCCUAAACGUGCCAUGGAUGUACGCCCCGGAGAUAAACUCGCUGAAAAUGAGAACGAAAGGUGGAGCUGCUGCUGCUGCGUCCAACUGGCUCUUCAAUGGGAUUGUCGUAACAGUUACACCAAUAGGAUUGGAUAAGCUUAGAUGGAAAUACUAUCUUAUUUUUGUUGUGUUAAAUAUCUCAUUUAUACCCCUGGUAUAUUUCUGCUACCCAGAGACAAAAGGCAUCACGCUCGAGCAGAUUGAUCGCAUCUUUGUCGGAAAAGGAACUGGCCUUGGUGCUCUCACUCAAGGGGUGAAGGAGAGCCUCCACCUGAAGAGGGAUAUUGAUCAGCAUGAACUCAAUUCUGACGAAGAGUCAGGAAUCAAGGAUGAUGGUGACAAUGAUGCCCAUGGGGAGCAUAUUGAAAUCGCGAAGGCGUAA